UUUUGGAGAACACCAAAAACCAAACACCAAAAGAAAUCUUAUCCGCUCUUGAUUUUCGACUCGAUCUGCUUGCACUUGCUCUAUUCUCUCGCCAUAUCACCAACACAAGAAAGCCAAUAUGCCUCAUAAACAUACGCGCAGGGAGAAAGACCCAUCCACAUACGACCUCCCACCGUCGCAAAUCGCAAAACCUCUACCGGUGAAACCCCAGGCACAGAAAGACAACAACAAUAACAACAAGAAAAAAUCCAACCAGAAGACAGAAAAUAAAAAAACAGACGAAACCGGCAGCAAGAACCUCAAACGCAAGCGAAGCAGCGCGCCCAAGGACGAUGCCCCGCGAGCGUUCAAGAAGCUGAUGGCCUUUGCCGGCGGUAAGCGGCCGCGGGCCGGGCUCGACAACGGCGACGAGCCGACGGGGAAGAGCAAGAAGAACAAGAAGAACAAGAGCAAGAACGCGACAGCCACCACAUCAAACACCGAAGCCGGGGCCGGGGCCGACGCCGAAGCAGAAGCGGAAGCAGAAUCCCAGCCCAAACCCGUCUCACAGAUCCCCACGAUCAAGCCCGGCGAGCGCAUGUCCGAGUUCGCCGCGCGCGUCGACGCCGCGCUGCCCGUCGGCGGGCUCAUCAACAACUCGAUCCGCAACGGCAAGGACCCGCUCGGUCUGAAAACAUGGCGCACGAAGAAGGAGAUGAAGAUGCACAAGCUGUACGCCGAGUGGCGCGAGGAGGAGCGCAAGCUGAAAGAGAAGCACGAGGAGGCGCUCGAGGAAGAGGCCGAGAAGGAGCUCGAGGAGGAAGAGGCCGGCGUCACCUGGAAACUCGACCCGCCGACCAACAAGAAGAAGGGCAAGAAGGGCAAGAAGACCAGGUACCUGGGCGAGGUCGCCGACGGCGACGACGACCCCUGGCAGGCGCUGAAGAAGAAGCGCGGCGAGACGCGCGCCGGCCUCCACGACGUCGUGCAGGCGCCGCCCGAGUUCACCGUCAGGCCGCAGCAGAGGAAGAUGACGGUGCGCGGGGCGGCGGUGGAGAUCGACGGCAUACCGAAGGCGGCGGGGAGCUUGCGGCGCAGAGAAGAGCUGCAGAUCGUCAGGGACGACAUCCUCGCCGCCUAUCGGAAGAGGAUGAGCGAGAAGCGGCCUUCGCUGCAUGCUGCUGCUGCUGCUGAAUAGUAGUUAGUUGUCUGAAUCACUCCUCCCCCAUGAAUGUUAGAAACGAUUCUAGAUACCCGAAUACAGUACUACCUACCAGAAACCUGACUAGGUAUAAAAAAAGUUUACAUUGUGGCGAAGC